ACAGGUGUCGACUCACACUUACUGGUGUCGCUUGGGAUACACAGUGUAGGGCUUGGCCUUCAGAAGCCGCAGCUGCGUUCGGGCGGUUGUCCUUGCCUCGAUGGAGGAGGUUGCACAUGCAUUGCAUCUGCAUGCGCCUGUCUCUUAAUGGUGGGAAGUCCGGGGGGAAUGGCAAACGUCGCGUGUAGAGUCGCGGUGACAAUCGGAAGAAAGGAAUAGAGAAGAAGCAGGAGAGGGAUCAGACUGGCGUGCGGAAAGCACGACUCUGCGUUGUUUACCAUUUUUUGACUGUGAGAAGCGUUGGUCCUUGUGAAAUAGGGUUUCCAGAACGGCAGGGGAAACACUGAUCUUUUUUCUCGAACUCCCAUCCGUACACCAGAACGUAGACGCUCAUGCGCUCAGGCCCGUUUUAUUGCCAGGCAAAUGGAUGGCGCUUCGUCGCGAUUCACCAUUGUCGACUUUUCUUCCUCAACAAUUAUCACGUCACCACUCAAGCAGUGUCUCUGUGUAUCCAUAUGCAUGUGCAUGCACCGAUUCUAGGUUGCACGUGUCCACGUACGUACAGGUGUCAUGAAACAGGGAUCACUUGUGUGCGGCGUAUUGGCGAUUUUGGAAUGAGCUGACGCCUCUUAUUCUUUUCUAGCUGCGUGCUCUCACGGAGUCGUGAAAAAAGAGGAGGGCACGUGGAUGGAUUUGCCCGAUCUGUAGAUGGUUUACAUGGCCUUCGCUGGGGAGACUCUGUUCGUGUUGCCUGUGUGUGGCGCAGGCCGCAGGCAAGAAGGGAUGAAACUGUCGCGCACACACAGAGCGAAGCGCGUGUUUGUGGUGUGUGCGUGGUGCUCGAUUUGUCUUCCCUUGUUGUUUUGGAGAGUUUCUUUGCGAGUUUCGUCUAUCUGAGAGCCGUUUUCUUCCUGUUGUCAAAAAGGCGUGUUUUUUCGUGCGUGUGUUUUUUCUCGGUUUCGAGAUGCAUGGAUGCUUCUGCGGUGCAGCCACACCUUGUCACUCGACACGUUAAGAUUGUAGACCAGGUGGCGCAGAACUCCGAAAGCGCACCGUUCCUUAGUAGCUCAUUUCGGGUGUACGUACACUCGCGCGCGUUCGGAUUCUUUCGAAUCAUCAGGCGGCACCUUCCCUCCGGUAUUCGCAUCCUCCAGUGUCGAUUCCACAAUGCAGGCUCUAUUAUUCUGCAGGGAGAACGCUUCUGUUGGUACGUUGUGUCGGUUUGAUGUUGUUUGUGCGACUUAACGGCCGUGGAGGAGUCGCGGCAAGGCGAUUGAAAAGCCGAAAAAAGUGCAGCGUGAAAGGGCCGUUUCUCCUUUUUGUGUCAACUGCCAAACUUUCCUCGCGGCUCUCUGGUCUCUCUAUGGGCAAGACAAAGGUUCUCCCCGCUGUUCAGGUGUCCCGUCCUCCCUUGUACAUGCACAGAUCGAAGCUCUGUUGACGCACCAAAGGAGGCUGUCUCCGCAAAAGGACCGCGGGAACUUCUUGCGCAAGUCAAACCGUCGACCGUAACGGCUACUCCAUGACACGCGAACACGCGCCUGACAUUUUGUGGACUCCACGGUGCGUGGCACUCAAAAGUGAAUGCGUUU